CACUGACAGGAUGUUAUACUGCGAAGAGGCCUCACUCUGCGGUUACAGUGAGACCUCGUUGACAACACAUCAGUAAAGCAGGACCUGUCCAGGGUGGACCCCACCUCUUGGCUCCAGCCCUCCGCGACCCUCUUCACGAUGACAGGAUGAGUGGUAUAUGUAGAUAAUGGAUGGAUUGAUUACUGACAGCAGGUAAAGUCAGAAGACUCAUGCGAGAGAUCCACUGUAGGAAGAAGAAGCGGAGAAGACAAGGUCAGAGUUCCACUGAUCACAUCGCAAAAACAAUGAACAGCUGCAACAUGUUGAUGUGAGGUCAUAAUGACAUCAGCAUUGCAGCUUCCUGCCGAGCUGUGGCUUCAUGUGUUUAGCUUCCUGCCCUGGAAAGAUAAACUGAGUGUGCGCUGCACCUGUUCACACUUCAAACACCUGUUGGACAAGUCUCACCCCCUGUGGCGGGGCUUUGGCGUCGUGCUGCGACACUUUUCCAAGUACAACCACAGAUUCUGGCGCAGUCUGGCUCAGAGGCAUGUGCGCAGCGUGUUGGUACGUUCAGGGAAGAGGAAACACUUGAAACAGCUUUCCACCUGGCUGCCUGCUCUCGACACGCUUCGAAUGGAUGGCUGGAAGGAGUCGGGCAUGAAUGAGCUGAAACAUUUCCAGCGGCUGCAGAAUUUAUCCAUUACCCACUGUUCCACGCCACUGAAGAACUUGGACUUCCUGUUUCCUCUGAAUCGUCAGCUUACACAGCUCAGCCUUUGUAAUGUGCAACUUACCUGUUCUGCCUCUCACUUUUUGGCUGCAGUCUGUCAGCUGACUCACCUCACCUCACUGCUGGUGCAUCAUGACGGAAGCCUGAGAGUACCGACACUCAGUGGAGUCCUGACCCACCUGACCAAACUCAAACACUUGUCCUGGACCAUGAUCACCUACAGGAUGCUAUCACAUGACUUCUUCAGCCCUGCCCACCUCUCAGCAGGUGGAGGUGCUCUGCAGCUCUCUGACCUGCAGUUGUUGAACUACGAUGCUGUAGUGACGCAGGAUGUUCUGCAGCCUUUGUCCCACCUACGCAGCCUGUCAGUCUUCCACCUGUACUCCGUACCUGGGCCCACCUGUCACCUACAAACAUGGCUGACAUCAUUGCCACAGCUCUGCAGCCUCAGUGUGCAUGGAGGCCAUCCUCUGUCAGCAUACGUGGAGUUCCUGCCAUCAUCCCUCCUCAAUCUGACUCUUUGUGUGGAUCUGCAGCCUGAAGACCUGCAGCUGGUCUCACUUAGAGCUCCUCACCUGGAACACCUGCACCUGGAGCCAUGGAGCUCCUCCUCCAACCUGAUCCGACUCCUCCCACAGCUGUUCCCUCACUUGAAGACGCUGAGGAUCAGACAUCGCCAGGUGUCAGACAGCGACUUCCUACAGCUGCAGCAGCUGCAGCAUCUUGACACUCUGGAAGUUCUGGAUCCGUACUACAAACCUGACCCAAAGGACCCCAGCUUGGUGAUCAAUGAGCCAAGUCCUCAUCUGCUGCAGCUGAUCUCUGACCUGCAGAAACUGACCGAUUAUAGAGUCCAUGUCAUCACCAACUCACACAGAGACCCCAUCAUCUGCAACUGUGUCUGACCAGAGAGUCAGACUGCACUUGGGCAGAACACUGGCUGUGACAUCACUGGCAGGGAAGAAGACAUUUUUCAGUGAACAUCUAAUGUAUUUUUAACAAUUUGGUGGUGUGAAAUGAAUCAAUAUUAAAAUUUGACAGCACUGACAGAGGGCAGACCUCUGCCAAGGGGGCAACUGUUUCCCCAUAAUGGCAUAAAAGCAUCUCUUGAUAGUGUGACUUUAUAAUAUGAUUGUUUGACCAUGAAAACCUGCUUCUGGCAUUUGGAAUGAUGCUGAUAUCGUUAUUAGUUUGAAAGUUAUUCAAGAAAAAACAACAGACAUGAUGGACAUCCAUUCACUGGUUCAGGGGUAAAACGGACUUCAGUGAGCGGACUGUGGGCAAACUGAAAUUACAGCUCAUGUGUUGAGCAACAUUCAUUCAAGCCUGAAGUGAGGGCAGGGAAACACUUUUUAAAAUCAAUAUUGCAAAUAGGUAUUUCUGUCCACUAUGACAAAUUCUAUGUGUACACAUCAGUAAGGAGCCGAGAUCUGGAACGUCCAUUUUCAACUAAUGAGAAACUGUCAGAAGCCAACGACCUGGCCGAGGAGGGAGUAGGGCUCCAAGCUGUUGCCUGAAACGCCAGCAGCCUAUCGGCAGUGGCACCUCUAAGGUGCGUAAAGCAUCAGAGUUGACGAUGGCAUUUCGCCACCUAUGACCCAGCACCUCCCUGUGCUGCAGACGUCCACUAUCAGCUGCCUUUUCCUGACAGACAUUCCAGCACUCAGCAGAAGUAGAAAGGACUGUAUCCCCACCACAUAUGUACUGGUCACAUCUGCUUUUGUUAUUCUGUGUUUCACUGCCUCAGUGCAGUGCCAUUUAUGUAGUAACAGAGGUUUUGGUUAGCUUAUAAGGGUGUAAUCAUUUCUUGGUACUUGCAUAUAUCAUGUUAUUUGCAUUCUUAUUUUACUAUUAGCAUGCGUGAUAUCCUCUAAGUAGAGGUACAGCAGACGGGGGGAGAAAUGUCCGAGAUCAAGAGGGUUAAGGUACUAGAUGGGUCUUAUUCUCAUUUAUUCAUCAUAAUUAUGUUUGACUUCAUUUUAUUUUAACAUUUUACUACAAUUUAUUCAUCAGUAUUUGUUAUACUUGCUCGGUAUCGUAUACAAAGCUGAUGAGUGUGAUACAGGCAGAGGUGAGAAAGUCGACUCCAGUAGCUGCAAAGCAGGCAAGACAGAGAAAAGACUUACCGGUUUGUUACUGGGACUGCUGCUCAGACUGGACACACUAGGACGCCUGUCGCACCUCAGAGAGGGAGAGAAAUGAAAAAGCCUUUGGUGUUUUCUGUUUUGAACAUGCCAUCCUGUGACAGGUUCAUGUGUCUACAUAUCACCUUGUGUGCGACAGUGAUGUGCUGUAUGUUACCUCUUAUCACCUUAAUGGUGCUUUUAACAUGUUUGAUGUCUGGAGGUAUCAUAAAUGAUAUUAGUGAUCAUC